AUGUCCCACCCAGAAGCGCGUGCACAAGCGUGCUUCAUAGUUGGGACAAACACACUACCAAAAGAAUCUCAGGAUGCGGCAAAUUUCCUCGCCUCUAAUGUCACCUGCAACAGCAAAAAGACUACAAUUUCCAGUGUACCGGAUGUUUCUUCCGGCGGCAUCUCCUUCUCUUCAAUCAACUUUGCUAAUUCGGACUUAUCGCCACUGCAAUUCGCUUUACAAAAGUUUGCAACCACCAGCCCUCUCGCCAAUAACGAUCUGGCAAAGUUCCAAAACGAGGCAAAUGUUUAUACUGCUACAGAAAUUGGACUUCGGUCCAUUGGAGGCGAAUUAGCUAUCAAGGCACCAAAGUUCUUUAUUGCAAUGCAGAUCUCUCGGAUUCAAACGGCGCAGGGAAAUCCCCCGACGGACCCAGGCCAGACGGUGGAACAUCUUUUAGGCAAAGUGACCAAGAACGCAUCUCGAAAAGAUCAGCAAUUUUUAGAUGAAAUCACAGCACUAUCCAAAGUGUUGUCUUAG